UGUUUCUUUAUUGCAGGCUGAAAGAGCAUUCACCGGUUUCAGCAACUUGGUUUCGUUCUCUUCGAGUGCCAUGGGGUUAGAAGCGAAGCCCCUUGCUGUUCCCCACCCUUACUGGCCUCGAAACAUGGAGCUCCAGCACUACAUCCCCAAUGACAUCCCCGUGUGGCAGAUAUUGACUUUCCUCUUCUCUGUCUCUGGGCUCCUGCUGAUAGUGACUUGGCUCAUAGCAAGAUGGCAGAACAGGACAGCUACACCGCUUGGAACCUGGCGCUCCUUGGCUAUCUGCUGGUUUGCCAUCUGUGGCUUUAUUCAUGGUGUCAUUGAAGGCUGGUUUAGCCUGUACCACAAGGAAAUCGCAGGGGACCAGUCUUUUCUUUCACAGCUCUGGAAGGAAUACGCCAAAGGUGACAGCAGAUACGUCAUAUCAGACAAUUUCACAGUUUGUGUGGAGACUGUCACAGCCUUCGCCUGGGGCCCCCUCUGCAUCUGGACUGUGUUAGCAUUUCUUUCAGACCAGCCCCAUCGGUUCGUGCUGCAGCUGAUUGUGUCGCUGGGCCAACUCUAUGGAGAUGUUCUGUACUUUUCCACCGAGUAUCUCGAGGGCUUCAGUCACAGUGAGAUAGGGCACCCGAUAUACUUCUGGUUUUAUUUUGUCUUCAUGAAUGCUUUGUGGAUCAUCAUUCCUUCUAUCCUCAUCCUGGAUGCUUGGAAACACCUCAGCACUUGCCAGAAGAUAACGGAUGCUGGCAAAAUCAAGAAGCACUGAGCUCUUGCAUAGUGGAUCAUCUUGAACACAUACGCCAUUGGAGAAGCACUGCAAUUAUUCAGGAAUUGGUUGGCUACUU